UCUAACAAUGGAAACUCUAAUUCACCACAAAUAGCACUAGCCUUCCUCUUUCCUGUUUUAAUUUUAGUAUACAAGUGUUACCCAAUUUGAUUGAGACAAUGGAAGAAAUCAACAACACAACAAUGAACGUAUCAUCAACCAACAGCUGGUUAUCUGAUUUGGAAAUGGACGAAUACAAUUUAUUUGCAGAGGAAAGCAACCUGAAUUUUCUUGAUACAGAUGUGGUAGAGUUUCUUUCACAUGACAUAGGUAAUGUAUUCCAAGAACAAAACAAACAACAAUGUUUCACUUCAGGGUCCACUCCCAAAUCUCUUAGCAACUCAUCAUGUUAUGAAACAAAUAUGGAGCUGAAAACAAUUGAUCAUAGCAACAAAGUCAAUGAAACCUUUUCACCAAAACUUUCUCCAUCUAACUCAUCUUUACAGUUUCAAAUUCCAUCUUUUGACAACUCUCCAAAUUCACCCACUACAAAGUCCUCACAAUUAUGUGGAUUUGACCCUACCUUAAACUCAAAACAAAACUUGGAAACAAAAACCUCAAAGAGCAAAAGGUCUCGUACACAUCAAGGUCAAGAUCAUAUCAUGGCUGAGAGAAAGAGAAGAGAGAAACUCACCCAAAACUUCAUUGCUCUUGCAGCUCUUGUUCCUAACCUUAAAAAGGUGGACAAAUAUUCUGUAUUAGUUGACACUAUCAAAUAUUUGAAAGAGCUUAAAAAGCGUUUGAUAAUUUUGGAAGAACAAAAUGAGAAAACAAAAAUAGAGUCACCGAUAAUCUUGACCAAACCAGGCCUCUGCAACAAUGACAACUCCUCGUCAUGUGAUGAGAGCAUUGAUUGUGUUGUUGAUUUACCAUUUCAAGUGGAAGCAAGAAUCUUAGGAAAAUAUAUGUUGAUUCGAAUCCAAUGCCAAGAGCACAUAGGGCUUCUAGUUAAAAUUAUGGUUGAGAUUCAAAGGUUUAAACUAUUCGUUGUCAAUAAUAGUGUCUUACCUUUUGGAGAUUCUAUCCUCGACAUUACUAUUAUUGCUCAGUUGGAUGAAGGCUACAACAUGUGCAUAAAGGAACUUGUGAAGAACCUACGCAUGGAAGCAUUGAAGUUUAUGUCAUCAUAAUAACAUGAACAUGAGCACGACUUUUGUUGGCGGCCAGUAAAAAAGAGUCACAAAUAUUUUCCUUACUAAUGUACAAUUUUUCAAUAAAUGUGUCCUUGGCCCAUAAAAUAAAGAUAAAUGUAUCUCUAGAUGCAUUUUAAAAUUUUAUUUAAAAUUUUCUUCAAGGGUUGAAACAAA